AGUUUUGAAGAGAAGAGUGUGGCCUUCUGGCAAUGGCUUGAAAAGAAUGGCACGACAUUAAACGGCAAGAUCGCUAUCAAGGACUAUCGUUCAGAAAAUGCAGGUCGUGGUGUCAUUGCUACCAAAGACAUCAAGGAAGGAGAGCUCUUGUUUUCACUUCCUAGAACAAUUCUUUUGUCUCAGUUGACAAGUACUUUACGUCAUGUAGAAGGCAUGGAGCAAGACAUGAGUCAACUAACAGGCUGGAGUCCACUUAUUUUAUGUAUGAUGUAUGAAAGUCAAAAGGAAGACUCUUUCUGGAAGCCUUAUUUUGAUGUUUUACCCAAGCAUUUCACAACACCUAUGUUUUGGGAAGAAAGUGACUUGAAGGCAUUGGAAGGCACUGAUAUUCUUUCCAAGAUUGGUAAGGAAGAAGCCGAGGCUACUUUUGAGAAUGAAAUCAAACCAUUGAUAACAAAAUACGCAAACUUGUUUGAUGCCACUGUUCAUACUUUGGAGCUCUUUCAUACCUGUGGUUCUUUGAUUAUGGCUUAUAGUUUUAAUGAUGAACUUCAAAAGACAGUCGAGGAAGGGGGAGAUAGCGAAGAAGAAGAAGAAGAAGAAGACAAUGGCCUUAUUUCAAUGGUACCUAUGGCUGAUAUGUUAAACCAUAAAACAGGUUACAACAACGCUCGUUUGUUUCAUGAGACAGACAGUCUUCAAAUGAAGGCCAUUAAGGACAUUAAAGAAGGCGAGCAAAUCUAUAAUACAUAUGGUGAUUUAUGUAAUGCAGAUUUGUUACGCAAAUAUGGUUUUACAGAUGAAAAGAACGAAUUUGAUUUGGUCGAGAUUGAUGGUCCUUUGGUGGUUGAGAUUUGUUGUCCCGACCAAGACAAAGCCAUAGUGGAUAGAAAGAUUGAAUUCUUAAUGGAAGAAGGUGCCUUGGACGAAUGUUUUGUGAUAGACACCACGCAUGAAAUCCCAUUGGAGCUUAUCGUGUCAGUGCACGUUUUAUCUACGACAUUGGAUGAGUUUGAAAAGAUGCAAGAAAAGCAAAAAUUGCCAAGGCCAAAGUUGACUCAAGAAGCCAAGAAGAAGGUUCAAACGAUACUUGAGAAAAGAAUGGCUCGCUAUCCAACCACACUGAAGGUAAAUACUAGCCUAUCUAUCUUACUUGCUGACUUUAUUAGGAGGAUGAACUUGCAUUGGAAACAACAGUCCAACUGAACAAGCGAAAUGCUUUGAUUGUACGUAUCGGUGAAAAGAAGAUCCUUCAAGGUGCCUUGGCUACUUUGGCCUCCAUGCCUAUCAAAAGACAUACUGAUAUGCCUGAACAAAAUACGAAAAAGAAACAAAAGAAAUAAUAAUAAUAAAAUGGGCGUUUUAGAUUACUUUUUAUGUGAGGAGGUGGAGGUGGAGGAGGCUG